AUGGGAAAGCCGCGCGGUCUGAAUGCUGCACGGAAGUUGAGAACGUAUAGAAGGGAAGAACGAUGGGCAAAUAAAACAUACAAAGAAAGAUUAUUAGGAACAUUAUUAAAAUCCUCUCCAUUUCAAGGGAGCUCUCAUGCAAAAGGAAUUGUGCUUGAAAAAGUUGGUGUUGAAGCUAAACAACCCAAUUCAGCGAUUCGUAAGUGCGUACGCUGUCAGUUGAUAAAAAAUGGGAAGAAAAUAACAGCAUUUGUCCCAAAUGAUGGGUGUUUGAAUUUUCUGGAUGAGAAUGAUGAAGUAUUAAUUGCGGGUUUUGGGAGAAAAGGAAAAGCUAAAGGUGAUAUUCCUGGUGUUCGGUUUAAAAUUGUUAAAGUAUCGGGUGUAUCUCUUCUGGCAUUGUGGAAAGAAAAGAAAGAGAAGCCGCGAUCUUAA